CCCAAAAAUGUAUAGUUACCUUUGAAGUCUCAAACGCGCUACAAGUUAUCAAAAAUAUGAAGUUCCUCAUUGUCUUCGUUGCUCUUUUCGCCGUGGCUUUGGCUGCCCCACCUGCAUCGGAUGUGCAAGUCCUUCGCUCGGAAUCCGAUGUUGGACCCGAAAGCUAUAGCCAUGCUCUUGAAACAAGUGAUGGUACCAUCAUCCAGGCUACAGGUGAACUUAAGCAAGUUGGAGAGGAGGCCGGUAUUGCCGUUAAGGGAAGCUAUUCUUAUGUGGACCCUGAGGGUCAAGUUCAUGUGGUUACCUAUAUUGCCGAUGAAAAUGGAUACCAGCCACAGGGCGCAGAUAUUCCCGUUGCCCCCAAUCUCAAACGCACUACACUCUAUCUAAACAUGAAGUUCCUCAUCGUUUUCGUCGCCCUCUUCGCUCUGGCUUUGGCAGCUCCUGCGGAAGAAGUCAAAACCCUGAAAUUGGAUUCUGAUGUUGGACCCGAAAGUUUCAAAUACGAUUGGGAGACAUCUGAUGGUUCUGCAGCCCAAGCAGCCGGUCAGCUGAAGAACAUUGGAUCAGAGAAUGAGGCUAUUUCUGUCCAAGGAUCAUACAGAUUCAUUGGUGAGGAUGGUGUGACAUACGAAGUGACAUACAUCGCCGAUGAGAACGGUUUCCAGCCUCAGGGUGCUCAUUUGCCAGUGGCCCCAGAAGCUUAAACACCUUUAAAUUAACCAAUAAAAUGAU